CGCGUAAUGAAAAAGUGCUCUUCGGUCCAAAUUUGAAAAUUUGAAAUUUUGUGAAAUAUACAAAGAAAAUACUUUCAAAUACAGAUGGCUCUGAAAUUUAGUGGUGGACAUGACAUUGAUCCAUAUAAGGGCGAACGAGAGGGUAAUUUACGAGAAGUUGGGAACCAAGCAGUCUGGACUCUUUCAUCAUGUAAAGCAGGAUUUGGGGUUGAGCAGCUAAGGGAUAAUUCUCUAGACACAUACUGGCAAUCAGAUGGUCCUCAACCACACCUUAUAAAUAUCCAGUUCCGACGAAAAACCACAAUCUCUGACAUUUGUAUAUAUGCAGACUACAAGUCAGACGAAAGUUAUACUCCAAAUAGAAUAUCAAUCAGAGCUGGCAGCCACCUUAAUGAUUUAACAGAAGUUGAACAGAUUGAACUCUCUGAACCUGGAGGCUGGAUUCUUGUACCUAUCAAAGACUCACAAAGUAAAUCAGUGCGGACCUUUAUGAUUCAAAUUGCAGUUAUAUCAAAUCACCAGAAUGGCAGGGACACUCAUAUGAGGCAGAUAAAAAUACACUCACCUGUGCAGAAUACAUCAAUAGCUAAGACUCCUAUGUUUAGUAGUGUUGAUGCCUCACAAUAUAGUUGUAUUCGGUAGCAGUACACCAGAGGGAAUAAUAUAUCAGCUGAUUACUGAUGACACAAAAACUGUCUAAAAAGGAUUUUUUGAAUAGAAAAAAGAAUUGCUUUUAUGUUUUUAAUUUUGUGUUCGAGUAUUGCUAUGGUAUUGUAAAUAAAUGCAAAUAUCCUAAUGACCC